GGCCGCGCCCGCUCACUUGUCCCCAGAUGCCCUCGCCCCCCGCGCAGCUCGGCAGCCCCGAGGAGGCAGCCUCGUGGCCGCCGCCGCCCUGCGGCCCCUGCAUCCCCAUCCUGCUGGGCCUGGCCGCCCUCGCCGCCCUCCUCAUGCUGAGCACGGCCGCGCUGGCCGAGCGCCUGCUCCGCCGCGCCGCGCGCCCCGACCCCGGCCCCGGGUGCCGCGCGCCCGCCCUGGAGUGGCGACCGGGUGGGGAGCUGUGGAUCGCGGCGGCGGGCUCGGCGCGCGAGCCCUCGGAGUGCUGGUUCGGCUGCGAGGAGCCGCUGCUGGCCGGCGCCCCGCCCUGGGAUGGAGCGCCACCCCCCGGCAGGCCGAGCUGCGCCGGGCCCGACGCCGCCGCGAGGCCCGGGAGCCCCGAGCCCGACUGGGGCCUCCAGCCCCGGGUCACCCGGGAGCAGCUCUCCGCCUUCUGGAGGCGGGAAGCCCGGCCCAGCGGGGCUCCCGAACCGCCCUGGCGGACUCCCUGGCCCGGGCCUGCAGCGCCGCUCUCGCCGGGCCGGGGGCCGAGGCUCGCAGCCUGAGCGACGGCGGACGCGGGAGCCCGACCCGACCCGGGGCCGAGCAGCCGCCGCCGGCCGGGACCGCGGGAAGACUUGUCCCUUCCGAGAGGGAACGGGGGGGCGGGGGGGCGCGGGGGACUGACCUCGGAAAGUCAGUAUCACAAGCUGUAAACAGAAGGUAAAAACAUGAAAAUAAUACAACACAGAAAAAGUUACUAAGUUUUAAGUAGACUUGUUGCCUGCUGGUGGAAUUGACCGUAAACUCUACUUUAAAAAAGUCUUUUGGGCCAGGGAUUUAGCUCAGUAAUUCCGGCGCCUGCCUCGCAGCGCAAGGACCUGAGUUCGAUCCCCGGUACCAAAAAUAAAUAAAAAAAAUAAAAUAAAAAAGUCUUUUUCGCUGCUGGGGGUGGAACCCAGGACCCAGAGCCGCUGGUGCCAGGCUAACGCUGUACUUCUGAGCCACAACCCACUCUGCUCUACCUCUAUUAAAAGCCGAGGGCCGGGCGGAGUAACCUGGCCCAACUCCCAGCUAACUCAGAAGGCCGAGUCAGGAGGACGAAGUUCAGUCAGUCUGCAACAAUGUAGCAAGACCCUUUCUCCUAAUAAAAAGUAAAGGGCGGGGAUGUAGCUGGGGACAGGGGGCCCCUGAGCGCAAGCCCCAGAGCUGGGGAGUGGAGGGGGAGGGCGACGAGUCGGCAAUCUGGGAAAGCGUCAGACGCUACACAGCCUUCUCCCGGAGACGGAGACGUGGGGCAAGAGGAGAGAGCCGGCCCGGCGCCUGGGCCCGGCCCUGCGCUUCCGCUCCGGAGGCGGACGGCUGGACCCUCCAGCCCCUCGGGUGCAGGAAGGAGCGAGCGAAGGAGCGGGCUCCGGGCAGAGGGCGGAGCAGCCCGCCAGCCUCCUCCCUCGCCGUCACCUUCCCCGAGCCAGGGCUGCGUGAGGAGCGGCCAGGCCCAGACCCAGGUUAGCGCUGUCUUUCCAGGGCAGGGGUCGGAGGAUGUGGGCAGGGCUGGGGUAAAACGGACACAAGACUGAUAGAGGGGGCCGGGGGCGCAGCUCAGCGGGGCAGCACCUGGCCGGCAAGCGCAAGGUCCUGAGCUCGAUCCCCGGUACCAAACCAACCAACCAACAAGCAAACUGACAGGACGGAGGCACCAGGGCCCCAGAGGCACCAGGGCCCCGUCCCCCUCUGUCCCCCUCGGCUGGCAGGGCUGGGCCGCGAGGCUUCUCCCCACGGGAGCCAAGGGCCCCCAGGGCCUCGGAGCCAGACUGCCCCACCCACCACGUCCCCGAGACUUCAGGGAGGCUUCUCAGAGUCUGAGGCCUCAUUCUCUCUCUGACCGAUGAGAGAGCUGGCGGUCUGCUGGGACUUUUCUUCAUCGGUGACAUCCCAAACCCUCCCAGGACUUGCACCGCGCUUGCUGUCUGUUGACUGGAGAGUCUCACUGUGGCGUCCAGCUUGUCUCAACUCCCGGGCUCAGGCGAAGCUUUGCGUCAGCCUCGAGCAGAGUAGCUGAGACCACACCCCACUCACUCUCACCCCAACUCCCAGCCACCUCUGCACUGGCCAGGGAGCUCCCCAAGGCCCCAUUCUGCAGGGCAGGGCAGGGACUUUAAGGAAUCUAUCCCAAUUAUCCAGGGAGGCCCCACCUGGCCACCUGAGCCCUUAAAAUCGGAGACCUACUGGCUCCCUGGCACGCUCCUGCAACCCAGCACUCUGGGAAGCUGAUAUAUUUAGCUCCAUUAGGGAGCUAAAUUAGGGAGCCCUGUCCGUUUCUUCCUGUCUCCAGAUGCCCCCAAAGCCUCGGGUGCUCACUGAAACAAACUGUGUGUGGACCUCCGGCCCACAGACGGUGAACCAGCAGCAGUGCUGUGAGGCCCGAGUCUGCAGUGUUUGUUAUCCCAUAGCAGAUGGAUUGCGCUCUGCCGUCCUGCUGCCCCCAGCCCGAGCCUUCUCUGCACCCCGUCACCCCAGCCUGCCCCUUCCACUCUGCUCCCCUUGCCCACGGCUGCCCCUCCUUCCCUGCACUCUGGGUCAGUUCUGACCCUGCAGGUCUCAGGAUUGCUCUCAGGAGGCCUCCAGGGCCGAGCUGUGGGGCGGACAGGUCCACGAGGGCCUCAGCAGAGACCCAGUGAGACUGGGCACCGGCAGGCGGAGGCCGCGUGCAGGGCUGGAGAGAGCUUGGCCUGGUGACGCUCCCAGCCACCUCCCGGCCAAGGCCUUCAGGGAGCCUCCCUGGGACCCUCUCCUGUCGUCACAGCUGACACACGGCCCUCACAUCUACACGGGGAUCCAGGACUGGAGUCGGGUGUCCCAGGCAACAGGGAUCUGCCCAUAAUGCCGUGCGCACCCCAAGCAAUACCAGUGCUGUACCAGCAAGAAAGAAGAGCACGAGGCAGGAGAGACUGAGUACCGACAAGCCACGAGGGCGUCUGUGCUGAGUGCGGGCGCAGCCGGAGACCACGGCCUUCUUGCUGCUAGAAUCGCAGCACUGCCCGCCAACUGGAGUGUGGGGACACGCGGGGCUGGGCUGGGCCAGGGGCCUGGCAGUGCACUGGAGGGGUCAGAAUGGGCCUCUUUAUAGAUUGUACCUUGGGUUUUUUCUGUCAUUUUCUCAGAAACAGCACUGUUUUAAACAUAGUUUUUAACAUAGAAAAGCAUACGACAUUUAAUAUCUUAAAAUAAUGAUAGUCAAACUAACCAAAUCAAUAAUCACAUUAAAUAUAAAUGGUGUAGGCCAGAAAAACAAAUAAAAGACGUCCAAGGCCAGGCACAGUGGUGCACGCCUGUGAUCCUAGUACUUGGGAGUCACAAAAUAUUAUUAGAAUUAGUAAGUUAGUCUAGCAGAGUUGCUAGAUAUAUGAUCAAAUAUAUAUACACACAUAUGUAUAUAUUCAACAUCAUCAGUCAUUAGGGAAAUACAAAUCAAAACCACAAUGAAAUAUCACUUUGCACCCACUGGCAUGACUAUAAUGAAGACAAGACUACAAGUACUGCCAAGGGUAUGCAGAAACUGGAAUUCCUAAACAUUGUUGGUGGAAUGGUCUUUUGUUACCCAUUGCUUUUUAUUUUAUUUUUUGGUACCGGGGAUCGAACUCAGGACCUUGUGCUUACAAGGAAGCUGAGGUGCCACUGAGCUAAAUCCGCAGCCCUAUCAUAUCAGUUUUAAAAAGCAGUUUUGGCUGGGCAUGGUGGUACAUGCCUAUAAUCCCAGUACUCAGGAGGCUGAGGCAGGAGGAUCUCAUGAGUUCAAGGCCAGCCUGGGCUACAUACAUAGUAAGACCCUGUCUCAAAAAACCAAACCAAAACAAAGAAACAGUUUUGGCAGUUCCCAAAAAAGUUAAGCAUACAUUUUAAAUUAUAUUCUCAGGUAUAUUAGAACCACCCAAGGGAACGCUUUAAAGGGGUGAAUUUCAUCAUAUAUAAAUAUAUAUAUAUAAAUAUAUAUAUAUAUCUCAUUUCAAAAUUUUAUCUCCGAAAGAGGAUAUUAGAUAUAUUAUUUAGAGCUAUGAUAAUAAGCAAUAGAAAGACUAGGAAGAAAAAUAUAACUAAAAAAAAUAAAGAAAAAAUUGAAAUGAAAAUGUGAAAGACGUAAGAAGAAACAAGGAAGAAGAAAAGUGUGGUGAGGCGAUCCCUAUCCUUUAUGUCGGGGUCCACAGCACACAGUCAUAAAGCUGUGUUGGGGUGUGGCUGGGGGACUGCGCCUGCCCAGCAGAGAGCGCUGGGCUACGUCCUUAGCAAUGCAGUCAGUCAGUCAGUCGAUGAACAGCAGUGGUUUCCUCAGGGGCAUAAGAGUGAAUGGAAAUUAUUUUACUUUCUUUGUUUUACAUGAAGUUACUGAUAACUAAAUUAAUGAAUAAAAAAGGGGGAAGGGAAUAAAUUGACUAUCAGAAAAUUUA